AUGUCGAAGUCCCGAGACGUCAAAUUCUCCUACCCAGCACGCGCGCACGCCCCUGUCUUACGCGGUCUCAACGUGCAUGUCCGACCAGGUCAGUUCUGUGCGCUAGUCGGGCCAUUAGGCGCUGGUAAAUCUACAAUCAUCUCUCUAGCAGUGCGCUUCAAUGCGCACGCCCAGCUACAGAGGUGUCCGACGAGGAGAUUAUCGAAGCCUGCAAAACUAGCCAAUAUCCACAAUACCAUCAUCAACCUCCCACAGGGCUAUAAUACACCCUGCGGAGCGAAUGAAAGCAAGCUAUCGGGUGGUCAGAAGCAGCGACUUGCCAUUGCACGAGCUCUUGUUCGCAAGCCGAGACUACUUAUCCUCGAUGAGCCUACUAGUGCCCUGGAUGCGGAGUCCGAGAAACUCUUGCAGGAGGGGCUGGAGGUUGCGUCACGGGGUAUUAGUGUUUUGGCUUUUGCACAUAGGUUGCAUACAAUCCGCAAGGCUGAUAUCAUUUCUCUUAUUGAGGCUGGCUUGUACGUUGAGGCUGGUACUCAUGAAGAGCUACUUACUCGUUCGGAGAGCUAUCGCACCAAUGUUCUCAGUCAGACAUUUGGUGGCGAUUGA